AUGUCUGGAAUACCAGUAAACACAUUUUACCCACGAGUAUCCAAUAACAAGUCUAGUGCAAUUUCAAAUUUGGAAAAAAGAAAUCAUGACGAUAUUGACCUAAGGUUUCGUACACAAAGUGUAACAAGUACGCCCUACCACAAACUUAAAUAUGGUCACCUUCACUCUUUGUCACCUGUUGAUGACAGCGGAUACACCUCAAUCACCAGUUGUGGGACUAACGACAGUUCCUCUGUCCAUGGAUUUCAAACCCCUGUUUCAGGGCCUUUUCCACAUCCUGGACGACAGCUAGCUUUUACUCCUCUAAGUCCAGUUCCGUGCGAAAGAACAGUAGAGUAUCUUCCUUCCUUUUCUGAUGUUAGUAGUGGAUUAGAUACCCAACCUGAUACUGAAUGGGACAUUCCUGAGGCUGAUUUGAAAAGCAAGUCUGAAUUUAACCAAUCCUAUAGGUCUAUACCUCAGUACAGACUGAACUUUGAGGAUGAAGAUGAAAGGGACAGCUUUGAUGAUCAAAGUAUUAGUGAAAUCGAUGAGACUUCAAGUUUUGUGGAACAUAAAAACUCCAAACUCAUCAGUCAUGUUCAGGAAGGAGAGAAAAUACUGACAGACUCGCCACUUUCAAGGUUGAGUUUUGAAUGUGAACAGGAAGUUCAGUGUGAUUGUCAAUGUUCAAACACCACAUGUACUUCAGAAGGCAGCGAACUCAGUUCUACGUGUACUAGUCUCAAUGCUUCAAGUCUUGCAGAUCGCUUCAAUGAAGUGUUGCAGAAGUUUUCACCAAAAGAACCAGAUCGUUUGAUUGGUCGAAAGAUGGGACUACUUUGUGUGGACAUUGUGUUUGAGCUAUCAAUGAGGAACAUAUCUGCUUUGUCUGUGGUCCUGGAUUAUUUGGAUCCAAAAGACCUGUGCAGUUUCUGUCAAGUUAGUCAGGACUGGAAGUCUAUCUGUGAUGAAGACACACGAGCAACCGAUCGUCGUGUCCAGUAUGUGCAGCGACUGCAGAAGGCGAAGGCCAAUAAACAGGAAAAAGAAAAUUUUGGGAAGCGACUUGAAUACCGUUCAGAGAGAGGUUUGACAGAAGGAGAACGGACGUUUGGCAUGUUACAACAGACUGUGCCUUCCUCUAAGGCCACCAAUCUAGUCCCUGAGAACCGGUUCCACACUGUGGCAUCCACACUGAAAAACUACGAAAGUCUCAGAAGAUGUCAAGUGUCAGGGUCCAUCUAAAGUCCUGGAUGUCCAGGAUCGAGGCAUGUGUGUACAGACUGAGUGUGGCUUUGACUUUUGUGUGAAAUGCCUCAACAGCUUUCACUUUGA